CCGUUUAGUGGUCUCAUUAGCGAGGUUUUACUGUACUUGCAAAAGUUUAAUGUUUGUUCACAAUUUCCAGCUUCCGAAACCGGGCCAAUUCCGAGUGUCUAUACGAAAACAUGUCCGGGUCUUGUUGAUGAGCGGAGCUGUAAAUACGUUAACAAGAAGAGUAGAAGAAACGAUAAAAUCGUAUGAGGUAGUUUGCAGUUCUGUGAGUGUUAGGAAUAAUGAAGAAAUGCAAGAUGAAAUCAACAAAUUUCAGCCAGAUAUUGUCAUUUGUCCAUUUCUUAAAGCAAGAAUCCCGGAAUCAAUUUAUAAACAAAAGCCAUGUCUGAUCCUUCAUCCUGGAAUAGCGGGAGAUCGUGGAGCUAGUUCUAUAGAUUGGGCGAUUUUAGAAGGCAAACAUGAAUGGGGAGUUACUGUAGUAGAGGCAUCAGAUGUUUUUGAUGGCGGUCAUAUAUGGAGUACAGAUACAUUUAGGGUUCCUAAAGGAAGCACUAAAUCGUCUUUGUAUAACGGCAGUAUUGCUGAUUCUGCAGUCAGGUGCAUUCUAGACUCUUUGUCUCGAUAUUGUCAGGGGAUAGCACCAACUCCUCAAUAUUCUUGUCCUGAAAUCACCGGAACCUUUCGUAGAAAUAUGAAACAUGACGACCGUCGUAUAGAUUGGGAGGAAUCAGCGGAAAAGAUUUCAGCAAAAAUACGCAUGUCAGAUACAUCACCAGGAGCAAUUGGUAGAUUUAGACAACUUGGUGGGGAAAAUGUAUACCGUCUGUUUGAUGCACAUAUUGAAACAGGAAGAGAAAGCGAAUUAUUAAAGAAUUUGAUAACCGCGGCUCAGCCAGGGCAGUUUAUAGGACAAAGACAGAAUGCAAUGUUGGUUAAAGCUGGGGACGACAACGCUUUAUGGAUCGGACAAAUGAAAAAAGCAUCGAAGACUAACACUAUCAAAUUGCCGUCAAUGAAAAUACUUCACGAGGCGAACAGAGAAAUCUAUUUACCCGAGAUUAAUGAGCCAUGUGCUUAUGAUGAUAUUCAAGUGGUACACGACGGGCCAAUUUGUUAUGUACACUUUGACUUUUAUAAUGGAGCUAUGGAUAAACACCAGGCUGCGAGACUUGUUCAAUCAUUACAGCUAAUUGACGAGAUGCCUGAUGUUAAAGUUGUUGUACUUAUGGGUGGCGAGAGAUUCUCUUCCACAGGAAUCCAUCUGUGUGUUAUUGAGCACAGCAUGUACAAGCAGGCGGAAGCAUGGAUCAACAUAAACAAAAUCAAUGAUGUCAUAAGCACCACGGUAAAAAUGCAUAACAAAGCAACUGUUGCAGUCUUACAAGGAAACGCUGCUGCAGGGGGCGCAAUGUUUGCACUAGCUUGUGACGUCACAGUUGCUCAUCCGGGUGUUUUUCUUACUCCGUCGUACAAAUCGAUGAAUCUUUUCGGCUCGGAAUAUUGGACAUAUUUCCUUCCAGCACGCAUUGGUCAUACAGCUGCCAGGGAACUUGUUCGUGAGACAACACCGAUAUCUGCAAUGACUGCUCACAAUUUGGGUUUAGUUGAUCACGUAAUAUCAAACGGAAAAGAAAAGUUUAAACAAGAUGUUCCAGAAUUAAUUAAAACUCUUUAUAAGGAUGGACAAUUUGACGACAUUAUAUCACAGAAGAAGAGACAGAGGAACGCCAGCUGGAUAAAAUUAAUCGAUAAACACCGCCAUUACGAGCUCUCAAAAAUGAAGGAGAACUUCAAGUCAAGAGAAUUUCUAACAUCAUUACACAAUUUUGUGUAUAAAAUUCAGGAAUAA